AUGACUAAAACUUGCAUCACGUUAAAAAAAAAUACUGUGAUGGAUAUAGACGCCAUCAAUCAACUGGAAGGGCCUCCUGGAGACUCUUCCCACUUCAACGCUUCAAAUAGUGCUUUAAACGAACCGAAACCGCCAGAUAUUGGCCGAAAACGAAAAACCGACGUCGCACCCGAUGACCUGAUGGACCUUGAUGGCGAGUCCUCAGAUGCCGUAGAAAACGGCGAAUUGGAGCCAUCUUUCGUGACAGCAGGAUCAGUUAUUGCUGAUGACUCUUUUGACGAUACCCAAGAAGCCUCAAACGCUUUAAACACCUUGAACGAAGGGCCAGAAAUGUCGACUAUGGACAGCUUUGAAACCUCAGUUUCGAAAAAUUCUUCACGUCACGUGAUCGAGGAAGAACACGACCCAGUUUUGGCUGCAAAAGGAGAUACUGUUAUGAUAUCUCCAAGUCCUACUUCCAGUAGCGAUUUGUCAAAGCCUACAUCCACCAGUGACUCAGUUGAAAUUACAAAUGUUUAUAUUAAAGAAAAAAACCCAAAAUCCCAAAAAAAUAACCUUUCAGAAAAUGAAGAAAUCAAAAAAAAUCAGGAAAACAGAAAAUCAAAAAAACAAACCUCAGGAGCUCCUCUUACUGAUCUGAUCUGGAACGGUCAGAACGCCUCGCUCCAACAUCACAAAAACAAUUCAUCAAUUAAACUUCUCUCCAAAGACAGGUUAAUCAAGGAUCUUGAAAAACUCGGAUCUGGCUUAAACAAGAAUUGGGAAGAAGAUAAAUUCACUGACGACUUGACCUUUAAGAAGAUCAGAAGGUUAGGAUUUGCCAAAAACUAUGUCACUUCCCACUCACAACAAGAAUGGGCAGGCGAACAGGGCAGAAUUGACAGAUGGAACAUCCCGCAAGAAUUUGCGCAAUCCUCCGGACCUUCAAUUGUGGGAAAAGCGGAUGGAUGA